AGCCCUUUAUAGAGAUAGAUUAUAAUAAUAAAAACCAUUGGUAUUGCGCGUAAAAAAUACGAAAAAAAAAGUUGAAACAAAUUGAAUUUCAAAGUUCAAAGUCGGUAUACGUAAAAAAUAUAUUUUCUCGGCUUCCAAUGAAGCAAUUAUAGUAGUAAGGGUGUAAUUUACAACCAGAUGGGGGUACAAUGUUGGGAGCAAUGGCUGGUCUGGGGGCCAUCUUACUGGUAUUUGUUCUGUACGUAAGAAACAAAGGAUUAAUAUGGUGGACACCCAUUCGGGGUAUGGCUUGCUGCGAGGAAGCAUGCCCCCCAAUCUCUACCCGACCGAUUCCUACACCUUCAGUGCCUAAUUUUAUUUCACAUGCUUCUCCUAAAACCAAACUAGGAAAAGCAUACUCAUUUGAUGGCGGAGAAUCUAGUUCCGAGUCCGAAAUGGGACAAGCCAACAAGACUCAGCAAGGUCACUCGCCUAUAUCAGUACCAGUCGAACCAUCUAGUUUACCAUUUUAUCCGACAAAACCUAACCAUGAUCUAAUCUCACUCGUGGAAAAAGGCAGGGUCGGCGUAAGUAGCAAUAGUUCUUGUUGCAGUUCCACUACGAGUUCAGUAGGAGAAAAACACAAAAUUCUGUCCACCAAAGUCACAGCAGAAAUUAACAACUCCCUACAAAAGACACCCAUCAACCUAAGAGAAACCAAAAUAGACAAUCAUAGUUUGGAAAUUCAGAUGGUAAAUACGUCUGCACAAAUUGAUACUGUGGACAAUAACACCACAAGAGACUGUAUCGUGGUGAUGGCUCCCGACGUAGAAGACCGAGGUGAAGUUAUGUCUUAUGGCGAAGGAUCUGGAUCAGAGCCUGACUGUCAAGUAGUGCCAAGUAAGUGUGGCCAUUUAGAAAUAGCUCUUCUCUAUGAUGCACCCAUGCGAAAAAUGACGGUUCACGUUCUUCAAGCGAGAGAUUUUCCAAGCAGGGAUCGUGGUCAACUCACAAACACGCAGGUGAGAUUGAUUCUACUCCCUAGCAAAAAACAAAAACACAAAACUAAAAUCCGGCAAGGAGAUAAUCCUCAAUAUAUGGAAAAUUUUGUUUUGCAUCGAGUCAAUCCAGAGGACGUCAAUUCUAUGGGCUUGCGUCUUCGAUUAUAUGGCUGUGAACGAAUGAGAAGAGAAAGGCUAAUUGGAGAGGCCAUUGUUAGUUUUGCCAAUAUCAAUUUAGAACUAGAAAACAACUUUUGGUUAAAUCUGGAACCAAAAGCGAAUACUACAAUGUUAGGUGGAUGCGCAGCAGAUUUGCUAAGCUUAGCAAGAUCGGACAGUACUGGAUCUGCGCAUUCUAUGCAGCAUGGUGGUGUUCCGGAACUCUUACUAGGUUUGUGCUACAAUGCUACCACUGGCAGAUUAAAUGUAGAAGUUAUUAAGGGUUCGCAUUUCAGUUAUCUUCUAAGAAACCUAGCUAUCAACCGACCUCCAGAUACUUAUGUUAAACUGUAUUUAGUCAGUAGUACAGGCCAAGAAUUAGCACAAAGCAAAACGUCGGUUAGAAGGGGACAGCCAAAUCCAUUAUUUAAAGAGACCUUUAUAUUCCAGGUGGCGCUUUUCCAGCUCGCAGAUGUAACUCUAAUGGUAUCUGUUUACAACAGAAAAGGUGUAACCAAGAAAAAAGAAAUGUUGGGAUGGUUCAGCUUGGGCUUGAAUUCUAGCGGAGCGGAGGAGCUGGCCCAUUGGAUGGAUAUGAAAGAAUUUCAACAAGAACAAAUAUCGCGCUGGCACAUUCUGGUCCAGUCAUAGCUGUUGCACAUAUCAUUUAGAAUUUUCUUUGUACUUUAAGGUACCGGUAUGAAGAAAAACACGAGUUUAAUAAAGAUCUUAUGGCGUGUGGGUUUAAUGUAAAAAUAUAUUUAAUAUUCAUGUGAUUAUUAAUUAAAAUAUUAAACUUUAUCUACAU